CGGACCGGCAGGUAGCAGCUGAGCUCCUCCACAAAACAACCAAAUCAAACCUCGCCUCUACUACUUGGUCAAUUCGUGCACCUGUUCCAAAAAAACAAAGCCAGAAAGUAAAGGUACGCCAUGGCUUUGGACUUGAACAACACGUAACUCGGACGUGGUGAACUACUUACUGUGCAAAUUGUCCGGCUGGUGGCGCGUCAAAGGGGGAGCUCGGAGCGCACGCGUGGAUUAUUCUUCACCUUCUCUCUCUUCUUACUACGAUGAUGACGAUGGCGUUGGCCGCGUUCUCCCUCAGCAUCAUGACGCUGGUGUUGUCCAACUUGGAGCCGUCCAGAGGCAGCAACCGGCAUGCGGUGUACUGGAACAGCUCCAACCUACUGCUGCGGCGCGAAGGCUACACGGUGCAGGUGAGCGUCAACGACUACCUGGACAUCUACUGCCCACACUAUAACAGCAGUCUACGGGGGACACUGGAGCGCAGCGUGGCUGAGCAGUACAUCCUGUACAUGGUCAGCUACCGCGGCUACCUCACCUGCGACCCGCGAAACGGCUUCAAGCGCUGGGAGUGCAACCGGCCACACGCGCCGCACUCACCCAUCAAGUUUUCCGAGAAGUUCCAACGCUACAGCGCCUUCUCGCUGGGUUACGAAUUCACCGUGGGGCAAGAAUACUACUACAUAUCCACGCCCACUCACCACCACCACGGCCACAGCUGCCUAAGGAUGAGAGUCUACGUCUGCUGCUCGACUGUCGCACACUCGGACGACGACUCUAGUCAGACGUCAAGCGCCUACACGGUGAGGCCGAGCAUCAAGAUACAUAACAUUGAUGAGUUUAACCCCGAAGUUCCCAAGCUGGAGAAGAGCGUGAGCGGCAGCAGCCCGUCGCGCGACCGCCUUCUGCUCACCGUGGCUGCCAUGCUGCUCUCCAGCGCCCCCUUUCUGUCCUAGCGGAAUCACGGCUUGAAAUCCAAAUCGACAAACUAUUCCCCCCACUUCAUCGGUUGUGGUCACGUGACAUUUCAAGCAACGUGGAAACCCGCCCGGAUGCAAGCGUCGGGAUGGCUUAAGCGUGUUUUACGCCGACUUUGGACCGUGGCGACUACAAAUGUCGAGGACGGUGACCAUGGGAGAUUCUUUGAAACGAAAAAAAAAAAUUAGGGCUACGUGCCCUUUCUCCCUUUUUUCUCGAUAUUUACUUUCUUAGAGGAUAGCGAGCGCUGUCGUAGUCCUUUCUGCCUGUUUCCUGCCUUCACGACUUGAGAACACUUUGGAUGAUGGCACUUCCGUAGCCACCGUGCAGUAGAUGUGCUUGAUAACGUACGUGUUUGGUCGCAGCGCCGUCUUUUACGAAUGUUCGCCCCGUUUACCCUUUCCCCACCUCAAGACCACUCGGCCCUAACCCUAUUCCUGCCUACAAUGGUGUUUAAGGGCCAUCCCGAAAAGAAGUAAAAAAUAAAGUUCUUUGAUAACUGGGAGGAAUGAAAAAAAUAUUUUUUUCCCAUGAAAUUACUAUAAAACCUGGUUUCUAUGACACGAUUGCGAAAUUAUAAACUUCAAAUAUCAUAAGAAACUAAAAAAUGGAAUUUCUGCUCUUUUUCUAGUCAACAAACACCCAUAUUUCACGUAAUCCUUUAAUUUUGGGACAUUUCCGGGUCACUUCCUGUUGAUUUUGGUGAAUUUACGUCUCAUUUCCUAUCACCAUAUUUUUCGGACUAUUAAUCAAACCUUAGUUUGAGUCGUACCAGCCCAAGAAAAAGUUGCACGGAAGUAUAAGUCACGUUUUGGGGGGAAAUUUGGUGUGAAUAAAGCACGUGAAAUUAUAUAUGACAGGUAGUCCCUGGGUUUCGAACGAGUUCCGUUCCUACGCUGGCAACGUAACCCGAAUUUCCGCUUAAGUAGAAAUGAACCCUUUAAGUACCCCUAAAUACCCUCUAUAUCUCAAAAUAACUAACUAUCCGAAAACAAGUAUUUUACGUCACUGUACUGUCCUCGUUGGAGACAUUGGAGCUACAGUACGUCCUAGCUAACAGUGUUGUUAAUAACAGUGUUAGAGUAUAACGGCGUUAUGGUUUUCAGUAACGAGUAAUCUAAUUACUUUUCCCAUUUUCGCAACACCAGUACCGUUACUAAAGAUGUGAAGGGGCGCGUUUGGGGUGUUACUACAAUUUGGUUGAAUGAACCGCUUGUUGUCUAAUUUUGUCACAGCUGCCUGGGAGGAGGCAGAGCGGGAGGGAGGAGGAGGGAAAUAGGUGGUGAUGCCGUUGCAAACGCGAUGCUAGGAGGUUAGCGUAGGAUUCGCGUUCCUGUUAGCAUUAUCAUUUAGCGUGGCGAACGUCAUCUUAAACUCUCGGGCAACUUUUUUUUGCAUACAGUUCGUGGCGUCCAGCUGGGUACUGUAUUCCUGUUGAGUAUGCAUUAUCAUCACCAAGUUGGUGUUGUCCUUGUAGAUGCUACAAUAUGAUAAUAUAUAUAUUAUUAUUAUUACCAAAGAUAGUCACUUGCCCCAAACUUUUCUUGAAUGACGUAUCAAUGAACCUUGUGUGUUUUUUUUUUAAAUCAAAACAACAAAGACAGAAGAUGCAGGGUAUUCAGAGCUUCACCUGCAUAUUGAAAAAAAUAUAUAUAUAGUAGCGGUGUGACGAUACACACAAGUGCGGGUUCAGUACAACAGGAAAACCAAAAAGGUUUUUUUCCCCACAGCAUUUGAAUGUUAUAGGUUUAUGUACCAUUACACUCUUAUAUAGGUGAAAUAGAAAAAAGAAAUAGAAAAAAAAGGAAAACGUGUGACCUAUGUUUCUUUUUCGAAUGAAAAAAUCAGUUCCAUUCAAUCAGUUGAUAUAAACUAGGGCUGUCAAACGAAUGAAAUUUUUAAUCGAGUUAAUCACAGCUUAAAAAUUAAUUAAUCGUAAUUAAUCGCAAUUCAAAUCAUCUCUAAAAUAUGCCAUAGUUUUCUGUAGAUUAUUGUUGGAAAUUAAAGAUAAGACACAAGACGGAUAUAUACAUACGGUACAUAAGUACUGUAUUUGUUUAUUGUAACAAUAAAUCAACAAGAUGGCAUUAACAUUAUUAACGUUCUGUUAAAGCGAUCCAUGGAUAGAAAGACUUGUUAUUCUUAAAAGAUAAAUGUGAGUACAAGUUAUUGUAAUUUUAUAUCAAAACCCCUCUGUAUGUUUUCGUUUUAAUAAAAUUUGUAAAAUGUUCAAUCAAAAAAUAAACGAAUAGCUUGCCAUUGUGGAAGGUAGUGAUUGAAAUACACCACAAGGUGUCAAGGGCGAGUUUUAAAUUAAUUAAAGAUCUAGCUCUAGUGCGUUUUGACCCUGAACUGACGCCGUAGUUUCUGGGUUCAUUGUACUUUACGUUCAAUUGAGUGUUGACUUCACAAAAUACGAGACCUCUGAUAGUUUGUAUAUUGUGACUAAAUAUUGCCAUCUAGUGUAUUUGUUGAGCUAAAUGAAAUGUUUGCUUGACCAAAGUCUGAGUAUUAUUUUGCGUAGCUAUUUUGACUGGGAAUGCCAGUUCUCUUUGCAUUGGGCGCUUUUCUUUUUGUGAACAUUUUUUUUUUUAGAGAGAUAGGAAUAUUAUUUUUGUUGUGCUUUCAGUAAAUGAUACUGUAGCGACUUAACCCUGUUUCGCUCAAAUGCAUGAUGGGAAGUUGGGCAACCAUGACUGUCAGUGGUGGCUGCAAAUGGUAUAUCUUCUCUGCGUUGUGUUCAAUACAGGGUGUUAAGAAAAAGAUCUCCUGUUAUAACUAUUGUGGCAAGCGAAGUGGUGUAGAAUAAUUGUUGUGCAAGAGAUGCCAAAGCUUAUGCCAAUAAAUAGCGCGGCCCCAAUGAAUGCCUGAGUCCACUCCUCUCGCUUGUCUCUGCCUCUUAGCUCUCAAUAUACAUAAAACGGCGCCAUAGUAGUCUGUUUGCGGCAAUACAUGAGUAGGUUGUCCGGAGCAUGCGUUAAAUGCGUUAAAUAUUUUAACGUGAUUUAUUUUUAAAAAUUAAUUACCGCCCGUUAACGCGAUAAAUUUGACAUCCCUGAUAUAAACAUAUUUGAUGUGAAAAAUGAAAAAUGUUAAAGAAUGUUGACGUGAAAAAUGGUAUAGAAUGUAACGUAAUAACAAGGACUGUCAAACGAUUAAAAUUUUUCAUCAAAUUAAUUACAGCUUAAAAAUUAAUUAAUCGUAAUUAAUCGCAAUUCAAACCAUCUCUAAAAUAUGCCUAAUUUUUCUGUAAAUUAUUGUUGGAAUGGAAAGAUAAGACACAAGACGGAUAUAUACAUACGGUACAUAAGUACUGUAUUUGUUUACUGUAACAAUAAAUCAACAAGAUGGCAUUAACAUUAUUAACGUUCUGUUAAAGCGAUCCAUGGAUAGAAAGACUUGUAGUUCUUAAAAGAUAAAUGUUAGUACAAGUUAUAGAAAUUUUAUAUUAAAACCCUUCUUAAUGUUUUCGUUUUAAUAAAAUUUGUAAAAUUUUGAAUAAAAAAAAUAAACUUGUAGCUUGCCAUUGUUGAUGUCAAUAAUUACACAGUGCUCAUGGUGCUGAAACCCAUAAACUCAGUCGCACCCAAGCACCAGCAAAGGGCGACAAAACACCAAAAAACACAAGUAACAAGUGGAUAUUUCACUGUGCUGACAUUUUAAUCUGUUUGAGCGGGGCAUGUGCGAUAAAUGUGUCAAAUAUUUUAACGUGAUUAAUUAAAAUUAAUUAUCGCCCAUUAACGCGAUAAUUUUGACAGCCCUAGUAAUAACAUGUAGAACAUGCUCUUACAAUGAGCUAACUGAGUUACUAACGCAAUUACUUUUGGGGAGAAGUAAUUUUGUAACUAACUAAUUAGUUUUUAAAAGUAAGAUGAACAACACUGCUAGCUAGACAGCGAGCUAAGCUGUAAUCUUUCCCUCCCUCACUCAGCUGCGUGACUUCUUUGUAGGGUCAAAUGCUCUCUUCUUCGUGUGUACACAAAUACGUUCUUCUUCGUGUGUACUGUACAUGCGCUCUUACUCAUGUGAAGAAGUACUACCUGGUCUACGCUUCCUGCGCCAAAAUAAAAGCAUGGAUCACAAAACAAAAGUCAACAUCAUAAUCAAAUACCCAUUUUGCCAAAGGGCAGAACAGUGAUAAAUUACAGC